CGUGACUGUAAUAAAUGAUAUUGAUUUAAUAACACGAGGGCUUGUCUUUUGUAAACACAGGCUCGAACCUACAAUCCAGGGGGGAGGCAUACCACCCUCAAUAACCCCCACUCCCUCCUGUCAAUCGUGCCUUCAAAUGGCUUACCUCCACAUAGCACACCAUCACGCAGCUCGCUCACAUCCACGCGUCUUCGCCUGCUCGUAGCUGUGAUAAUGCGGAGAAGGUGGAAAGAAAGACUAUUACGACGCAACCCCGUAAUUCAUGGAGUUCAGUAGUAAAAGUGACAGCACACCAAGACCUGGAGUAAACCCCAGAAAACGACCCGACAGUGGAGCAAACUAGCGGCUUGACCAUCUCAUUGAUUAGCCAUUCCCACUGGCACCUCGCCCCAUCUCCCCCCCUUACUAUUCUCAUAAUUCUCAUCGAACAACUCCUCACUCCUCACUUCAUAAAUAUGGCCUCAUGCGCUCUCGAGAUGUGUCAAAUUACCCCUCCCCCAAAAAAACAUAUUGCAGCAAAUUUAAAAUGAACUCAAACGGCAGCAACAGCGAAAAGACGGUGGAUUUUUGUGAGGUCGAGGAUGGGACUCUGGAUGAUGGGAAACAGGAUCUUUUUACUGCGGAGCAUAUUGACGAUGAUCCCGUGCUCAGCAAGGAAGAGCAGCGGAAGAUAAUCCAUCGCGUUGAUGGGAGACUCGUCGCUACUACUGUGGCUAUGUAUGCCAUCUCCCUGAUGGAUAGGACGAAUCUCGGGAAUGCUGGUAUAGCGGGGAUGAAUGGGGAGCUGGAUAUGGAAGAUGUAUCGCUAUUCGACUAUUGCAUUGGUAUUCUUUGCGACGUAUACAUUGCUGCAACCUCCUGCUACUGUUUUGUGUCGGAAGAUAGGGCACGUGAGGUGCCACGCUCUUACAGUGGGACCUGGCGGGCUCGGUAAAUUAGGGCCUACGGGUUCCUGUAUAUAAAAGGG